AGCACCCGCUACUGGUUCAACAGUUCACGGAUCAGAUGCAAGCCACCAACGCGCCAACAACGCGUGCCAAGCGCCAUGGAGCUUCCCUGGCCAUCUCGUUUGCUUUUCGAUCGAAAGCCAGAGGUGGUUCAAACCUGCGAAGCCUUUCAACGAAGCCUGGAACUUGGUUGCCACCUGCACCGAGCGGUCCACUUCCCCGGCGGCCUUCGAAAGCUCGGCUUGGAACCUGAAUGGCCUCAUCCGCUUCGUCACGCUGUAACAUCGAGGUCCAGCGUCUUAGAGGUCUUGGACAUCUUGGAUCUGGAGAGUUUCCAGGGCAACCUCGAAGAACGAGACGUGACGCCAUGGAUGCCAAAGAGGCCAGUGCCGGAGCUCGCAAUGGCUGGGUCUCCAAGGCCCUUUUGGUGAAAACGUGCCUCUUCGGCUUUGUCGCUGCCUCCCUGGCCCUUUUCUCCACGACCGCUUCCUCGCCACUGCCGGACGUCACCGAUGGCGGUGCGCGGCGCUUGGGCGCAGCCGGAUUGGCACCAUUGCUGGGCGAUGGCUCGGCAGUGGAUUGGUGGUUCGCCUUUAAGCUGACCACCUCAGCCUUUCCCACCUGCAGCGCCAAGCCCACGUGCGCCUUCGGAGGAAAGGAACAGACCGAUGGCAAGUACGGCUUGCAAUACGUCUUGUCCUAUGGCUCGAAGGGGAAGACCAACGCCAUGCAGCUGCACACGGAUUGUUUGGGAAAUGCGGAUGAUCCUUUGGCCAAGACCUUCAACCAGGUGUACUCUGGACAGGCGCCCAAUUUCGUGGUGUGGAACGACCAGUUCUAUGGCGACCCGGUGCUGAACACGAAACCCAAGUGCACCAGGGAGUGCGAAGCCCCCUGGGGCCACAGCAAAGGAGUCCUGGCCUGGGGCGAUGACGGCACUGGCUUCGUCUUGCAGGUGACCACCCCGGAUUGGCCGGGCGCAGGCGUCGUUCCGGCGUCGCAUCGCGCCGUGGAUGUGUUGGACCUGGCCGAAGAACGUGGCCUCCUCCAACGCGACGAGGCUCAAGGCUAUGCCAAGCGGUGGCUCUCGGGUGAGGUGAUGACAGAUGAUGACUCAGCGACGCCACUCGCUUUGCAGCGUGCCGUGCUGCUUCGAGCCUCUUUGUACCAGAAGCGCGCAGCAGCCAAAGCGCUGGCAGAGCUCUCUGGGCUGUAUUUGUGUGAGCUACGUCCACUGGAUACGAGGUCAGACAGAGCUCAGCUUUGUGCCUCCAAACUGCCUUUUUCGGCACUUUGGGGUCAAGAAGAUGGGCUUUUCGUUGGUGGAGCUGGCAGCGGCAAAGGACUUCAUGUGGAUCAACGUCCUGAGAGCAAUGUCGGCAAGCAGUGGCAGGGGAGGAAGCUCUUCGCUGCCUGGCCUAUCGACCAAAGUGGCUCUUGGGAGGAGUGCUAUGGCGAGCUCUUUGCGGAACCGCUGGAGGCCAAACAUCUCAAGGCACUGGAAGAAUCCACGCAACUCAUCCUGCUCGAGCCUGGGGAUUUGUUCAUCUUCAAUGGCCAGAUGCCUCACACCGCGCUUUGCUUGGCUGGAGACCUCAACGUGACCUCCUAUGAAGGUUUUCUGAGUCUCCAUCCAGAGCAUCUUCGGCAGUUCCAGUCUGUUUGCAACCAGUUCCUGGGCCCCUGGCAGCCACUGGCAGAGGAGUGGAAGCAGGAGCUGCAUGGCCAGCUUUGUGAGCUCCAAGAGGCGUGGCACACGAGCCAGAAGCUGUUGAGCCAGGAUGGUGACCGGCCACUGCCUGGUCUGGAUGAACGCCUCAUAGCAGCCUUUGUGGUGCUUGAAGAGGGUGCACAGUGCUGUGUGACCACAGAGGAAGGUGGAGAGGGCGACGAAGGGGAACUUCAUGGAGAAGAGGAACCUGCAGCACCUGCCCUGAAGCGGCGGAAAACCAAAAAGGGGCGAGUCCCUGGACCGGGCAGCGCAGUCCGGUCGAGUCCGUGGAAGGGGACUGAGCAGGUUUAGCGAGGUGCUGACGAAGAUUUCAGGUUUAACGACUUGACCUUGUCAACUCCCAUUAUACACCACAGUGGCGUCUGACAUGUGACCAUACUCCUCUGCCAAAUGAGCCUUGAU